UAAGACCGCUGCCACUUUUCACGAGCCCUACUAAAAUCUGGGUUAAAACAGAGAAUCAGCCUGCAGGUCUGUAGAGCGAGACCAGCGCCCUGAGAGAGCAGAAGCCCAUCAGCCUGGAGGUUCCCGCACCUUCACUGUGCCACCUGUCAGACCACAUAAGGUUCCUGUGACUCAGUGGAAACCACACGAGGCGGCUGAGAAACGACACCCGUUGGAUGGAACGUUUAACCCGCAGGUGUCAUUUUUCAAUUUGCUUCAUCUUGACCCACCACAGGAAGUACGAGACCCCCUGCUUGCAAGGAGAGACAAAGUCCGCUGAUGCACAGCGAUGUACUGUCGUUGGGCUCUGGUUCUCUGGAUGCUGAUGUUGUGGUGUCAAGACCAUCUGUCCGAGAGCUACACUGUAACCUACAGGCCUAGGAAUGAAUCAGAGCUAUCUACUGUCCUUGCCCACACUUCAGCUUCAGAAGAAAUCAGCAUCAGCAGAAAUCCGGUUUCAGGCAAUUUGUCAGAGAUUCCCAACAGUGCAAGUGCAGCAUCAAAAGAUGCUCCUGUCAGAGUAGACCCAAACUUGGAGCAAACUGGCACCAGUGAUGACUCAGCAUCCCCCAGUACCCUGCCUUAUGGGGGAGUCCAGAGCACUUCCAUGGAACUGGUGACACUCACUGUAACUGCUAGCACGCAGCUGGGGUCUCAGUUUACCACUCCUCCAACAUCUCAAGAAGAAACAAAGCACAUCACCGUGACAAUGGACCAGAACACCACACAGGCCGAGACAUUCAGCUCUUUGCCCGAGGUCAAGCAAAGUGUAACAUCGCCAGUCAUCCCAAGUGCAGCGCCGCAAGAUGACCUCACCACUUAUCGACAGACCACACACGUGUACAAGAGAUAUUCCACAUCUCCCAGCAUCACCAUGGAGGACAAUCACUUGGGUCACUCCACACAAAUCAUAGAGAAGACAACCUGGGUCCCCUCAGCCAAAACAGAGAGAAAAGGCUCAGCCCAGGUGACCUCCACCUUGCCUAGCCAGACCAAUAGAGUCCCACUCUUGAUCAGCUUCAUGACUGAGAAACAUACAAGAGGCUUGACUGUCUCUAAAUUGGAAAACACAACACCAGCCCUGCUCCUCAACACCCAGGUGACCACUCAGCCUUCUUCUCCCUCUUGGCCCUGGACACUGGGCUACCGUUCUCCAACCAGCCCACAGAGCCAAGGAUCCACGAGCCUCCCUGCUCCUAGUCCUAAACGUACACUUAGCAGUAGUGCUGCCUCUUCCCCAGGUUCAACCAGAAAAGUCUCUCUGACCUGGACAACUCCAUUCCCCACCACAGAAACAUGGAACACCUACCAUCCAACUAACAUCAGCCAAACUAUCCAAACCACUAUUAUCACCAUUUCGGACAAGACGCUCCCAACAUCAAGAGCAGCCACACUGAGGAAGAUCUCCCCAGGGGUGCUGAGAUCAACGGUCAAAAUAACACCGCAACAAAGAGACAUAACAAACAUUGAGGAAAACAUCCACGGGAAGAGAUGGAACAAAGUGGUGGUCCCGAUCUCCUGCACAGCCGUGUUCCUGGCAAUACUUGUUCUCAUUGGGUGGUUCUUUUCAAGAAAACGACACUUCAGGCAGAGGAGGCUGCGCAACUCCACAUGGGCCGGAUUUUCUCCGUUCCUGAACAGCACCAGGAAGUCUGCUGGGUCCCCACGCAAACACUUCCAGUGGCAGCAGUCCCGACAGGUAACCCUGGCCUCCAUCCUCUUGAGGCCCGUCCCCUGGGACACGAGGAGUGAGAACAUCCUGGUGGUCGAGGCUCCUAUGGUGGGAACCACAUUUGGAAAGCAUCAGGAUCUGAAUGACGCCAGUGGCACUCAGGAUCUCCAUGUGACAAAGGGUCUAUCAGGGGACAGCCCUGCACCAGAAACACCCACCACAACAUCCACAACACCAUCCAUGGCCACACCCCCAACACCACCUAGGUCACCACAUACACUACCAACAACAAUGCCCCCCAUGGCACCACCCAUAGAACAGGCUGUGGCCACACCCAUGCCUAUGGCACCACCCAUGGCACGAUCUACAGACCACCUAGUGUGACUGACUGCCAAUGUUCUCCCCAGACCCUUCCUCCAUGACCCAAAGCAGACAGCCACAGGGACAGGAAAGGCAGGCACUGAGCCACAAAGGCUCUCUGCUCCGACCCAAACGUAACCUGUGGGUGUUGGCAGACAUGCUUCCCCAACACCAGGUGACCAUCACCUAGGUGACCUUCAACAUGCGCAGCGCCAUCCAAAUCACCCCCAACUCAGGAAAACCAAUGAUAUCAAAUCAUUUGAAUACAGUACAAAGUUACCAGCGCUAACAAAUAAUGUGCUGCUUACAAUACCACACCUCUUCCUGCUACAGUGCUUCCUCAGCUUAUAAACGCAUUCGAGAUUGGAAGCCUAUUCUUAACUCACUUGUUUGUAAAUACAAAGUCACCUUUACCACUUAUCAAUAAAUAAAAGCUUAGUAAUACAGACCU